AUGCGGCCCGGGUACCUCCCGCAGAUCCUCAGUGGCCCGAUAGCCGCGGGGCUUCUCGCGCUGAGCACGCGGAGGCAGCCCUGCCCCGCUCCUCUGGGGCCGCCGAGCUGCCCAGAGACGUGCGCGGAAGCACCGCCCUGCGUGUGCCCAGGGGCGCCGGCGUGCGUGUGCCCGGAGCCUGCGGCCUGCCCGCUGACGAAGCUCGGCUGGGAGGAGGUGCUGAUUCGGUACGAUGGGGGCGACGCUUACCACGAGCGGGUGGCCCCGUGGCCGCAGACGCACGCCAUCUGGGUCAUCCUGACGCCAGAAUUUGACAUGUGUUCGGAGAUGAUAGACGGCAGCGAGAGCGUCGACGGCGUGGUACGGAUCGUCGGCCUGCGCUCAUGCGGGCGUCUUCCCCGGCUCGACAAGCCCGCCUAUAGGUUCAAGCAGGCGCUCGACCUGGACACCCUGAAGGGGUACGCCCGCGAGGGCCGACCGUCCGCCGCCCGCCCGGCCCUGCAGGACGGUGCCGCGGCGGGUGACCCGCCGAUCGAGGUCGCGGACGUGGUGAUGCCCAAUCGCGAGGCUGCCGGCUCCGACGCGGGCGCGGCCCCUGCGCUGGCGGCCGUCGGCGACGACGCCAGCCCAGCGCAUCCCCAGGCGGGGCCGCUGGACAUGCCGCGUGGCCACGCGUGGGUGCUUAUGGAGGGCGGCCGCGCUGACAACCUCGGCGACGAGCUGGUGCUGGGACCAGGCGGCCUCAG